AUGCCGUUCCUCGCUGGGAAGAAAAUCACUCAGAACGGGUUGGGGCUUAUGCGUUUCACCCUGCCAAACGACGUGACGCCAGAUGAACAAGCAUUCAAGGUCCUCAAGGCAGCGCUGGCAGCCGGCGUCAACGUAUGGAAUGGAGCAGACUUCUACGGGACACCCGACAACAACUCAUUGCACCUCAUGAACCGCUACUUCACAGCUUUUCCUGAAGACGCAGACAAGGUAGUCCUUUCAAUUAAGUCCGGCGUUGUGAGCAUGAAGACCUUCACUAUGGACUGCUCACCCGCGGGACUUCGCGGCUUCGUGGACAACGCUCUCAAGAUCCUGGACGGCAAGAAAAAGAUCGACAUUUUCGGCUGCGCGAGGGUUGAUCCCAAUGUCCCAGUUGAAGAAAGCAUCAAGGCGCUGGCUGAGCUAAAGGAAGAGGGUAAGAUCGGGGGUAUCCAGCUGUCGGAGGUAAAAGCUGAGACUAUUCGUCGUGCGGCGAGCGUUGCGAAGAUUGAUAUGCUAGAGGCCGAAGUUAGCCUUUGGGCUACGGAUGUUUUCCGCAAUGGCGUCGCAGAGACGUGCGCGGAGCUUGGUAUUCCCAUAAUAGCCCAUACACCGCUGGGAGCGGGGAUGUUGACUGGCACGAUAAAAAGCCCUGAUGACUUGGCGGCGCACGAUCAUCAUCGGCUUUUCCCUCGGUUCCAGCCGGAUAACCUUGCGAAGAAUCGCCUGCUUGUUGAUGAGCUAGAGAAAAUUGCGGCUGCGAAGGGGUGCACUCCGGCUCAGUUAGCUUUGUCAUGGAUUAAAGUGCAGAGCAGAAAGCCUGAAUUGCCGCUUUUUGUCCCGGUUGCGGGUGCAAGAUCUGAAGCCAGGGUUUUCGAAAAUAGGAAGGAUGUCGACCUAAGUGACGAUGAUCUUGCAAAGAUUGAGAUCCUCCAGGAGAAAUACCCAACCGCAGGGGAGAGAUUUCCGCCUGCGGCUAUGAAGUUGAACGAGUACUAG